AUGCAAAACAACUCUCAAGCAGAACAACGAAUUCGCACACUCUAUCGCUGGUUGAACCCACAACAGACAGCACAAUUUUUCUCUUCUGAUUCUGUUCGUGUUGGCUCCGACAACGCAAAAGAAACCUCUACAAAAGAAGCUUCAUUGUUUCCGAGCAAAGAAGAAAUUUUGGAGCGCGCUAAAUUGAUCGAACAGAACAGAUUGGAUGAUGAAGAGUUGUACAAGUUUAGUUGUCAAUUCGGGCCCGUGAGUAAACUAACAAGAGAUAAAAAAAUAGAUCUGUUGAAAUUAAUAGAAAAUAGUGGCAUUGAUUUACCAUCGGAGUAUAAAAUGUAUCUUGAUGAUCUGAUUGAGAAUAAUGAUUAA